AUGUAUACCGGAAGCUGUUUCUGCAAAAACAUAAAAAUUGAGCUAAGUGGCCAACCGCAUGCUAUCGCCAUCUGCCACUGCACCGAUUGUCGCAAAAUCUCCGGCUCAGCAUAUAGCUACAACUUUAUCGUUGCAGCCUCUGACUACAAAGUCCACGGCUCACCAGCAGAAACACUCAAAACUGCUGACUCGGGUAAUAAAGUCAAGAAUUAUUAUUGCAAGGAUUGUGGAAGCUCACUAUACGGUGGUGCUGUGGCGGAAAGUGGACAAGUCGAGAGAGUUGCAAUGAGAGCGGGUGUUUUUGAUGAUUUGAAGGGGAUGCAGGAGUGUAAGCCUUCGUUGGAGAUUUAUACUAAGCAGAGGUUGGAGUGGUUGAAGCCCAUUGACGGGUGUAUGCAGUUUGAAGGUAUGCCUUCUUUCUGA